AUGGACCUACAGAUCACUCAGUGGUUGCAUGAAGACCAAUCAGAAGAUGAAGAGGCAUGUGAAGUCGCUGUUCCUGACCUUGAAAAUGAUGUUGACGAAGACGGAAUUAUUGAAGACUUUCGAGCAGAACAUCCAGAUGAUGAUACAGAAAAUUCUUCAUCGGUAGAUGACACUCCUCUGAGUAAUUACAGUUCAGGUAAUUUUCUACGUGUCUUACCUGUCCCUAAUAAUCUGAAGAGCAAGGACGGGUUUAGGUGGACAGGUGAAAAACUAGAGUCUAGAGUCCCACGAAGAAAUAUUUUGUUUCAUCCUCCUGGACCUAAAGCUGCAGCUCGUGAAAUAAAAACAGAGCUGGAAGCAUGGAGUAUUUUUUUUUCUGAUGAAAAGCUUGAAGAAAUUGUAAGAAAUACAAAUGCUGAAAUUGGUAAACAGAAAGAAAAAUAUAAACGAGACGGACCUGUACAGAAUACGGAAGACGAAAACGCGGACGCAUCGAGUUCCACAAAAAUACGUCCUUCUUUUGCUAAGGAUGCAAGUGUGGUGGAAAUGAAGGCUUUGUUUGGACUUUACUACUUAGCAGGGGUACUCAACAUAAAUCACGUCACCACCAAGGAAUUGUUUGACAAGAACUCAGGUGUUGGCUAUUUUCGUGCCACCAUGAGCCAAGCCAGAUUUGAGUUUCUGACAAACUGUCUGCGUUUUGACGACCGGUCUACCAGAGAAGAACGCCAGCAAAAUGAUAGAUUAGCACCAAUUAGAAACAUUUUUGAUCACAUUGUCAAAGUUUCGAGUGAAAAAUGGCCACAAAAAAGAGUUACAAAAAGACGUCAUUUCUUGAAAAAACUUGCCAUAGAUCUGAUCACCCCUCAAAUGGAAGAACGAUUAACAUGGCCCUCUUUGCCCAUGAAUCUUCAAGUUCUCUUAGGUGGAAUCUUGCAAAAGAAGCGGCCAUUGCACGAACCAAGUUCUGAUCCCACUGCUAAAAAAAGAUGUGCAAUGUGCCUAAGGGGUAAGGAUCGAAAAACCAAGGUCACCUGUGGCAUGUACCAAAAACCUCUUUGCGGUGAACAUACUGAGGCCAUGUGCCAAGAAUGUGUUACCAAAAACCAUUAA